AUGUCUCUAUCACUAUCAGACGUCCGCCUCCAGCCCCGACAUCGACCCGUCUCAUCGACCGGCUGGACCAACGCUAGCCUGCUGCCGACUGCCAUCCCCAUCGGUGAGCCCUCACUGUGCGGCCAGGCUCGGCGACUACUCGAAUCUACGGGCUUAUGUCUCGACGAGAUCAGCGUCCGCUAUUUCCGGGGGAUCCACGCCUUUGUCCCCGUUGUCUCGCGCCGGCAGUUCCAAGCACGUCUCCUCUCCUUCGGCGCGGACCCGCAGGUCGACGUUGCGCUGCUGUUACUCUGCAUGGCGCUUCUCACCUCAGCCGAUUCGCCCGAAACAGGCGGCCGCCGCGUCGGCGAUCAGACGCCCUAUCUAGCCAUCAAGUCGCUCGUGGCACAAACACAGGCCUUAUGUGCACCGACCACCCGGCUGGUGCAGGUGGGCGUGCUGCUGGCCGUGUACGAGUAUGCUAGCGGUCAUCCCGAAACGGCCUUUAUUACAAUUGGAAGCUCCGCUCGCAUGGCUUAUGCAGCGCGACUGCGACCCUCGCCCUCGCUGAACGGCCCUGUUCCGCUGACCGAUUGGAUCGCAGAGGAGGAGAUCAACAUCUGGGGUUUCAUCAGAGCUGACAAGCGUAGAACCUUCCUGUGCGAGCUCCCCGCCGUGGAGCAACCGUUGGGCUCCGUGAUGCCCGCCCGCGAUGAUCGCCUGCCACUCGAGUCCGACAUUCUUGACCACGAGAACGCGGUGGCGGCCCUGGCAUGGAGCGUCGCAAUCCACGCUGUCAGCGUGCCCGAAGUCGGCGGCUUCGGACGCGCUGCCCAAGCUGCCUGGCUGCUUGAUGGUGCGCUACAAGGACUGUCCCUGACCGACCCUGAUCGCAAACGGACUCACCUGGCCGACUGA